AUGACAUCCUAUAUCACCAAUACUGCCACCGGCCAGACUCAGAUGGGAUCACAACCAAAGCCGGGCGAAAGGCUGUUACAAUCCGCUGGAUAUACUCACCUAUACCAGAUUGGCUCGGCCGCCGAUUUGCCUUCGCUUGGAUCCUCGCCGGUGUGGAGGAAAGUUUUCCAAUUCCAAGAGACCGUGGGGACGAUCUCCGAUUAUUUGUUCACCAAGACGGGCAAGACCGGCACGACGGAUGAGGAUGUUUCGGAUCUGAUCGACACCAAAGACCCUACCAAGUUGGCCUAUCUGGGUGUCCAGCAGCUCCUGGCGGGACGCAUCCCGGAUAACAUUGAGAUGAUCGGCAACCUAUUGUCCAGCCUGGGCAAACCUAUCGACGACCGAAAGAUGCUUCUGGAGGAUGUCGUGGGUUGGCUGGCGACAACCGGUCGAUCCAGGCAUCAUGGCCCAAACUCUUUCGUCAACGGCGUUCAAGGCCAAUUCAUCAACUUGUUAUGGGGUGACUUGUCUCAUCCGCCUACGGUCACUCUCGCACCCGAGCACCGCUACCGCUCCGCCGAUGGGAGCUAUAACAACCUGACCGGCUUCCCUAUGCUCGGCGCGGCCAAGCAGCCCUAUGCUCGCUCGGUCAAACCCCUUCAUGCUCACGCUCCAGACGUGGCCGAACCGGAGGAUUUUUUCGAUGCGAUUCUGAGACGUAAGCCUGGCCCGCACGGCUUCAAGGCUCAUCCUGCUGGGAUCUCGAGCCUUUUGUUCGCCUUCGCCAACUUAAUCAUUCAUGACCUCUUCUGGACCAAUAACCAGCCCGACCCGGAUUCGCCGAUGGACAACAAGCCGAACGAUGAUCACGCGAAGCAAGAUCAGACACAGAAGAAGCCGGCGGCGAAUGACCCGCCAAAGAAGCGCGGACGUAGCAAGCAGUGGCAGAACCUCACCUCCUCCUAUCUCUCCUUGGACCCACUCUACGGUGUUGACCAAACUGAGCAAGAUAGAGUGCGUGACUACUCUGAAGGCAACCUGGGAAGGGGCCUCCUCUACCCCGAUACCUUUGCAUCCAGUCGACUGCUCUUGAUGCCAUCUGCCUCAUGCGCUCUUUUGGUACUCUUCUGCCGAAAUCAUAAUCGAGUGGCCAAAAAAGUCUUGGAACUAAAUGAGCAAAAGAGAUGGAACCCAAACCCGAGUGAGAUUAGGACGACUGAAGAGCGCAAGAAACAAGAUGAUGAAGUGUUCGGGACCGCGCGACUAGUCAAUUGCAACUACUUUGUCCAAAUGAUCUUACACGAUUACUUACAAUCAAUCUUAGGAAGCGUUCAAGCCGAUUCGGAUUGGUCUCUUGACCCCCGAACCCAGAUCAAAACUCUCUUGGGUAGCACUCCCAAAGCUGUUGGAAACUCAGUUAGCAUUGAGUUCAACAUUUUGUAUCGAUGGCAUUCCUGCCUUUCCAUGCGACAAACUCAAUGGCUCGAGGAGAAAAUGUCCAAAGGGCUCCCCAGUCGGAAAUGGGAUGAUCUCAACGAGGGCGCAUUCAUGAGGGCCAUGGAGUCCUUGAUGAAAGAAUUGAACGCCGGGGCAGGCACAGAUCCAAGGAAUUGGAAGCUUUCUAAAUACGAAGUCACCCCUGCCACUGUCGGCGGAGCCGAGACUGUCGAGCAAGGGACUUAUGAGCGUGAUCCCGCGACCGGCAAAUUCAGAGAUGAAGAUAUAGCUCGGAUCCUCAGGGACGCGACGUACGAUGUCGCUGGAGCUUUUGGGGCCCAACACACGCCCGCUGUGCUCCGAUGGAUCGAUUGCCAAGGAAUGCGGACGGCCAGAGACGUAUGGCGAGCAUGCACGUUGAAUGAGUUUAGGGAGUACCUGGGCUUAAAAGCGUUCGAGAGCUUCAAGGAGUGGAACUCAGACGAAACGAUUGCAAACGCCAUGGAAGAUCUGGUUGGUCACCCAUCAAAUAUCCCCUUACACGCCGGACUCCAUGGCGAAGAAUCCAAAGCUCCUCGUUUGGGCGCUGGCUUGUGCCCCGGCUAUACCAUUAGCCGGGCGAUAUUGAGCGAUGCCGUCGCGCUGGUUCGGGGUGAUCGAUUCUACACCGACUCCGCCACGGCCGACGCCCUUACCGACUGGGGUCUCAACGACUGCCAGCCCGAUCCACGAGAUGGCUCUUAUGGCGGCAUGUUGCAGAGACUCAUUAUCAAUAAUCUGCCCAACCAAUACGCUUGCAACGAUGUUGCAUUAUUAUUCCCGUUCAUGGUUCCCAAGACAAUCUACCAGAUAUUGACGGACAUCAGUCCACAGAAAGCUCUAAACUAUUCCUUGAACCUCCAGCCCUAUGCACCUAUCGGAUUCAAAACCGUGCAAGUUUCCCCCGACCGGAAAUUGAUUUGCAAGAUCUCUGACACAGAGAUGAUUCAAAGGCAAAGGAUGGCAGAGUUGUUUGGCAUCCCGAACAUGCAAUCGUGUGUAUCGAAUGUUUAUGAGGCAUUGGACUCGGCGAUCACCGGUGAGGAGUGGAAGUUGUUUGAGAAGUUUCUGUCCGAGCGGAUCAAGCAAUGCUCCACCCGUCGCAACCCCAUCAAUUACGACCAGACCGUCGAUAUAUGUCGCGACGUCACCAAUCCGAUGAUAUCUGGAUGGCUGGCUCACAUCUUUGGCUUGGUAGAAACUGGGCUGCAUUCAGAGCAGCUACUCUUGACUGCUUUGAGCGAUGUGUAUUUGUACCUGACGGAGGCACAGAUGACUUUCAAGAGUCGAUCAGCCGCUCGUGUGGCGGCGUGUGGUUUAGCCUGGCAGCUCAAGUUCCACAUUGAAGCUGAAUCGUCUCCAACCAGCAUUGCGAGUAUGAUUAAGAAGGGCGCUGCAGUGGUUACGGUGGGGGCAUUGAACAUGUUAGAGGACACGAUCAAAUUCGUGUCAGGACAACCGGUCAUGAAGCAUGUCCACGAGGACUCUCGCCGCUUCUAUCACAAUCUACGAGAGCUCAACGCCAGCGAAGGGAACUUGAGUGCGGACGAGCUGGCGGCGGACUGUCUGCGUGCGGUGGCGACGCUUGCGUACACGAUGACCCACGGGGUAGCCCACGCACUAGACCAUCUCAUCCCGCCUGCCGAGCCUAGCACGGGCUCCCAUCUGGACUCGACAGUCUUCCUGGGACUCCGAGACUUGCGAAGCCUUGCACUGGAGGACCCCACCUGUUUCCAAAAUGCUGACAUACGGGAGAAGUAUUGUCGCUACGGCCUCGAGUCCACUAGGCUUAACCAUUGGGAACCCGCUCUCAAUGGGCUCGUCGCGAACCUCGGCCCAGACAGCAAGGGAACUAAUCGGGUUGGGGAACUCGACUUCGAAUAUAACCCUGCGCGGCAAAUGACUGAAUAUCAAAAGCUCCUUGAUUUGGAAGGACAUUGUUCGGGAUUUUACCAAGAGAUAAUCCCAGUGGUUAUCAAGGAAGUCCAAAACUUGAAUAAGCUUAGGAAAGCGCCCGGGCGACAAGGACAUCUGUCGAAGAUACGCGUCCUCGACUCCAUCUCGGGUAUGCCGACAAUGCAUAUCAGAUACGACGGUACUGCCAAUUUUUUGAACGUCCACAAUCGUCCCUAG